AUGGCGGCCAACCAUUCGCUGAGAGCCAAAGGGAGGAGGGAUCAGCUGCACCAAACUGUUGCUCUGUGCCUCUCUGUCAUCGUGGUUCUGUCCCAACAAUGUCCCAAGGGAUUUAUCCGCGUGAGGACCCGGGGACCCUGCGUAGAUGAUGAUGAAUGUGCAGAAGAACCUGGACCCUGUGGAAAAGAUACUGUCUGUACCAACACCGACGGCAGCUUCUACUGCCAAUGUAAAGAAGGUUUCAGAACAUCCACAGGUGCUGGGACUUUUUCCGCUGACACACACGUUCAAUGUAUCGAUAUCGAUGAGUGUUCGGAAGACAAAGAUAUCUGCGGAUCUUAUGCCAACUGUAACAACACAAAUCCACCUUACUCCUGCAGCUGUCGAGUUGGAUACAUCUCCACCACGGGAGUGGAGAAGUUUAUUCAGGGUGACAACGUGACAUGUAUCGAUAUUGUUGAAUGUGAAGAGCAACAGUAUUGUGGUCAACAUGCGUCGUGCAACAACACGGACGGCAGCCAUCUUUGUGUCUGCGACGCUGGCUUCAGAACGAAAUCUGGCAAAUCAAACUUCUCCGAGAGUCAGGAGAAAUGUGAAGACAUUUGUGUGAUUGAUCAGACAAUCUGUGGAAAUGGAACCUGCCACCGCGGAGAGGGCGGCCAUUACUGUGUGUGCCACCCAGGGUUCACUAACCAUGGCGACAAAGGGUCUCGCUGCUCUGCGUUCAAAUGUGAAGAUUUCAAAGAUAUGAACAAUCUGACAGAGAAUUUUCACGGUGCACAUAACCCCCUGGUGGAUUUGGAAAAGACUUGCCUGAAGCUCAAAGAGAGCAUUGGUUCAAAAGACUUCUCUGGAGAAGAGCUCUUAAGGUGGCUGCUGUCUCAGAUUGACGAGCUCUUGUCCGGUGGACCCUUCGAAGAGAACAAGAAAGAGAAGGUCUCCACCUUUCUGCACAUUGUGGAGAGCGCCCUGGGGCUGAUCGGACCCCUCAUACAGACCCCGGGGACAAAUAUGACCUCCACACACACAGAGGUGGAGCUGAGGGUCCAUAAAGGGGCGGAGUUACCCAGGGGGGCCGUGACUGCAUCAACCAAGCAAGCUCGGCUGGACAUGCAGAUGGAGACAGCUGCAGGAGAUCCCUCCGAAUACCCUGGCUUUGCAGCACUCUCCUUGCUGAGCUACGGAAACCUGGAGGACUCUGCAGACGGCUUCUUUGGUGAGAUGAAACCUCCGGAGAACCACAGCUACAAGAUCAACUCCAAGGUGGUGACUGUCAGCGUCAGCAACAGAAACACAAGCCACCUCAACCUGCCGGUCACACUGACCUUCUACCACCUGAGAAAAGAGGAAAGAAAAUCUCGCCGCUGUGUCUUCUGGAAUUCCUCGUUGGAUGGAGGGGCGUGGUCUCCUCAUGGCUGCACAGUGGUGGAGUCCAACCCUGAAUACACUGUGUGUUCCUGCAGCCAUCUGAGCAGCUUCGCCGUGCUCAUGGCCCUCUACGACGUGAAGCAUAAGUUUGAGUUGCAGCUCAUCACCUGGGUGGGUCUGCCCCUUUCGCUUAUUUGCCUGUUUGCGUGCAUCCUGACCUUCUCGCUGAUCCGCGCCAUCAAGAGCACAAGAACCACCAUCCACCUCCACCUCUGCAUCAGCCUCUUCAUCUCCAUACUCAUCUUCCUCGCAGGCAUCUCUCGCACCGAGAACCGGGUUGGAUGUGCAGUGGUUGCAGGGCUGCUGCAUUUCUUCUUCCUGGCAGCGUUUUGCUGGAUGUGUCUGGAGGGCAUCCAACUCUUCCGGAUGGUGGUCCUGGUCUUCAACACCCACUUCAAAACCUUGUACAUGAUGGCAGGUGGCUAUGGAGUCCCAGCUGUGAUUGUCGCCAUCUCUGCCUUAGUUAAUCCCAAAGGUUACGGCACUGAGGCACAUUGUUGGUUAAACCUGGAGUUCAUUUGGAGUUUCCUGGGCCCUGUCUCUUUGAUCAUUGCUGUCAACAUCUUCUUCUUUCUCAUCACAGUCGUGAAGUUGGCACAGAAGUUCUCAAGUUUAAACCCUGAACUGGACAAUUUGCAGAAAAUAAAGGCAUUCACUAUUACUGCAGUGGCUCAGCUGUGCGUGUUGGGCACCAUGUGGAUCUUUGGAUGUUUCCAGUUCAAGGAGAGCACCAUAGUCAUGUCUUACCUGUUCACCAUCUUCGGCAGCCUCCAGGGGGUGAUGCUCUUCGUCAUGCACUGUCUGUGUUCCAAACAGGUCAGGGAAGAAUACAGAAACAUCCUACAAAGGUGCUGUGCACCCCAGAAGAAGAAAUACACAGAAUUCACCUUCUCCAACUCCAGCAAAGCACAUGCGUCCAAGAGCUCCCAGGACACGGGAGAGUCUCAGAUCUGACGAGACAGAACAGUUACUCAAGAGCAAAGCUGGAAUUACUGUAUAUCUGCACUCUUAUUUGUAUUUUUAAGUUACGAAACUGUUGGUAAAUACUAUUGAGGGAUUUCCUUGAAAAAAUAAUAUUGAUUUUGGAGUAAAAAUAAAAAUGCUAGAUGAUAUUAUACGAAGACCUGUUUAUUGGGUACAUCGAAUACAGCUGGUUGUGUCGUCCAGGUACUGAAAACAACAGACAGAGACAAUCUGAGGGAUAUUUUAAAAGGCAAGCACUUUCUUUGAUCCACUCACUGGGUAACGGAUGACCAAAAAAAAAUAUUAAGAUACAGAGCUGGAUUUUAAAUGUAUGUAUGUUUGUGUAUAUUUCCCAGGUUCUUUUAUUUGACUGCAUUCUCUGUUCCGCAAGCUGUAACUUCUUUUAUGUAUUGUAUCUAUAUUUGAAAAUAUUAUUUUUAUUUACCUAGUUCAAAUAAGUUAAAAAACUUGAAAUUUAUAUUUUAUUUACUGCCGUCUAAAGAAUAUAAUAAAUGUAUAAGUGCUGGUUCAUCAC